AUGGCGGACGCGGCUCUCGGCUACGUCGUGCAACGGGUCGGCGACCUCCUCAUCAAUGAAGCGGUCUUCCUGUACUCGGUGAAAGAUCAGGUGGAAUGGGUCAAGGAGGAGCUCCAGGCGAUGGAGUGCUUCCUGAAGGACGCCGACGCGAAGAGCAAGGGGGACGAAAGGGUGAAGAACUGGGUGAGGCAAGUGAGGGAAAUCGCUUAUCGGGCGGAGGACCUUGUCGAGUCCUUCGUCCUCGAUGCCGAUGGGAGACGUCGGAGGAGGAAGGGCUUCAUCCGGACCAUUUUGUGUUGCCGCCUUCCGUCCCCCAACGGCAUCAUCCUACUCCACCAAUUCGGUGACGAGAUCGAGGCCAUACGGGCCAAAAUCGACGAAAUCAAUCGACGAAGAGGUACCUACGGAAUCCAGGACCUGGGCGGAGAGCCUGGGAGGCAGAUCGACAACACAGUGCGGGAACGAAGGCGGGUCGUUCUCCAUGCCACAUAUGCUGAUCUGGUGGGCAUGGACGAGGAGAAGAACAGAAUCGUGGAACAUCUGUCGGACAAGAGCAAGAAGAAGCGGUCGGUGAUCUCGAUUGUGGGGAUGGGCGGCCUCGGGAAGACCACUCUUGCUAAGAGAGUCUUCAACGAAGCAAAAUCCAGGUUCAGUCACUCGGUUUGGAUCGAUGUCUCCCAGCAGUAUUCCGCUGAGGAUCUCCUUCUAGAGAUUCUUCUGCAGGUCAAGAAGACCGGAGAAGGGGAACUCGAGAAAAUGACGAGGCCCAAGCGCGAGGAAAUGCUUUACCAGACCUUGCUGGCGGAUAACUACUUGAUCGUCAUGGAUGACGUGUGGGACACCGACGUUUGGAAAAUCCUCAGUCCGCAUCUCCCAGACACCGAGAACGGAAGCCGGGUGCUCAUCACCACCCGGUCCGUCGAAGUUGCCAGAUCUGCGGAUACAUCUACCCCUCCCCUUAAGCUGGGAUUUCUAACCGAGGAGGAGAGCUGGGAGCUCCUCUCCAGGAAGGCGUUCCCGAAUCAGGAGGAUAUCGGAGUAGUCUGUUCAGAACCGUUGAGGGAUGUCGGGAAACAGAUUGCGAGGAAAUGUGGGGGCCUGCCUCUGGCGCUGGUGGUGCUCGGGGGUCUGCUGUCGACGAAAGGUCCGUCACUCCGGGCGUGGAGGAGGGUCGCGGAGACACUAGUGUGGGAAACCAGCAAAGAUGGCCGAGUGUGCUUGGAUAUACUGGCGCUGAGCUACGAGGACUUGCCCCGUCGCCUAAAGUGGUGUUUCCUUUAUUUCAGUUCUCUUCCAGAGGACUUCGAGAUUGAAGUCGACAAGCUGAUCACAUUGUGGAUCGCGGAGGGGUUCGUCGAGCAAAGAGCAGGUGAAACACUGGAAGAAACUGCAGAGGAUUACCUGGAAGAGCUCGUCCAGAGGUGCAUGGUGAUGCGAGAUGUAUCUGAGCUACGAUGCCGGAUCCAUGAUGUGCUGCACGAUUUUACUGUUGCAGAGGCUAAGGAGGUGGGGUUCCUCGUCUCUCACGGGAUUGGAGACGACCGUGGGGCCUCCCAACUGGAUUCCUCCGUGCGGCGGCUUUCUCUUCAGGGGGAAAAAGCGUGGUGCUGGGACUCGCUGUCCACUCCAAGACUGCGCACCUUGCUGACGUUCGGAGCCCGUCGCAAAUUCGGUAAAAAUAGAACCUUCCCCUUUCUACAUCUAAAACUGCUCAGAGUCGUCGAUCUGGGGAGGACACGAAUCGCCAAACUGCCAGAACAGGUUGGAGACCUGAUCCAUCUUCGAUACUUGGGCUUGAAAAAUACAAAGAUAACGAGUCUUCCGUCUUCAGUGGGGAAACUUCGUCAUCUACAGUGCUUGGACGCGGAGUGGACGGAAAUCAAAACGAUGCCCAGAGGUUUCUGGAAGAUCGAGGCCCUACGCCAGGUCAUCGUUCCCUUUCCAGUGGAGCCGGAGAUGCUGGUGGCAGGCCUAAGCAACUUGCAGGUGCUCAAGGAGGUCCGGGCCGGGAGGUGGAUAGAUAGCUGCCUAGGGAGCCUUAGCAGUCUCCGGGAGCUGCAAAUAAGAGGCAUCAAAGACUGUCAUCAUCUCGCGCUGUCAUCUUGGCUACUGAAGUUGCCACGCCUGAAGAAGUUGGGCUUGCGAGGCGAGUCGAUUCCAGAUUGUCUGUGGACAUCGUCCAGCUUUUCUUCCCUUCAAGUCUUAUCGCUGUUAGGGGUAGUGAGGAGGCCACCACAAGAAUCAAGUUCUGGCGGCGACCAGUGGCCCCCCAAUCUCACCCAACUCACACUAGAGUACGCCAGUCUGAGUCAGGACUCGAUUGCGGCGCUCGAGAAGCUCCCUGAACUUACAUAUCUGUAUCUAGGUGCUGGAUCCUACGAAGGGAACGAGAUGAUCUGCUCCCGCGGCGGGUUCCCGAAACUGGAGUCCCUCGAACUUUUUGCACUGAAGAAGUUAGAGAGGUGGGUAAUUGAGGCCGGGGCCAUGCCCCGCCUGAGGAGCUUGGAGAUCUACGGCUGCACAAAGUUGGCGAUGCUUCCGGAAGGGUUGCAACAGAUGACUGCUUUGAACGAGCUCUAUUUGACUGCUAUGUCCCCUGAAAUCUGUUCGAGAGCUCAAAAGGAGGGAGAGGACUGGCCCAAAAUCCAACACAUACCUUCAAUCACCAUUACAGUCAUAUCGAGUGACGGCGAGGUCGUAUACGAGCGUAUUUCGGAUUAA